CAUGUGACUCACGCGGUGAUCCGGAGAGCCAUCUUGGGGCUGUGGACGUUCAACCUGGUGGUGGUGUGCGCGCCCUUCGCUGGGUUCGGGCUGUGGUAUGACGAGAGCUUCCCUACCCCCUGCGUCCGCUACCGCCUCGCCACCACGCCCCUCGACCGAGCCUACGCCUACCUCGUCUUUGCCUAUGGCAUGUUGAUGUGCACGGUGAUUGUGUGCUGUAACCUGGCCGUGAUCCGGGUGCUGUGCAGGAUGCGGGAGCGCUUGAUGCCGCGCCGCCACUCCCGCGCCUCCUGCCGCAGCUCCUCCUCCACCAGCGGCGACCCCUCCAUGAACCACGCCACCACCGAGGAGCUCUCCUUUGCUCGCCUCAUGGCCGUCCUCUCUAUUUUCUUCGUCGUCUGCUGGGUGCCUCAGCUGAUGACCAUCAUCGUGGCGCAGAUGGUUGGGACCAACCCACUCUACAAGCAGGUCUACAGAGUCGCUGACCUCUUCAUCGCCCUCAACUUCACACUCGACCCGUACAUGUACGUGCUCUUCCGACGUCAGCAGAGGUACAGCAACCGUCACCUGAGAAAGCUGAUGUCGUUCCUGUGCCCACACCGUCUUCAGGAGUCUCCCCGUCGGUGUCUCAUCCCGGGCUCCAUCAGGUCGUCCUCCCACACCUCCCACAACAACGGAGACAUCAGUGGGAAAAACACGGUAUCCACCAACACUGCCAGUAUCGAAAAAGAAUAUGUACCUCUCCAGCUCCUCCUCGCUGCCUCAACCUCUACAAAGGUCUCAGAAAGUAACCACAAAUCUUCUGUCAUCCAGGAAGAUGGAAGACACACAUUUGAUGUGUGAACAUCCCUCUAGCUUCAGUAAAGAAAACCAAAAAUUUGACAUUGCUUCCUCUGAUGGCAAAAUAGAGAGAAUUUAUUUUCCAGCAAAAGGAGCUACUGAAAGCUGUCCAAAUGCACAGAAGUCAGAAACCCAUUCUUACG